AUGGCUGCUACUUCUAAUGUUCUUCCAGAAGGAUAUGUCCUUCAUGAAAAGGGAACCCAUGCUAUUUUCACAAAGCCUAUUGAGCAGUCACUCAAUGAUGAUCGUCAUUAUCGACUGAUCCGUCUCAAGAACGACCUGGAGGUACUACUCAUUCAGGAUCCUAAUGUUGACAAAUCUGCGGCUGCGCUAGAUGUUCAUGUUGGCCAUUUGAGUGAUCCCAAAAACUUGCAGGGACUGGCACAUUUCCUGGAGCACUUGCUAUUCAUGGGCACUGCCAAAUAUCCUCGUGAGAACGAGUACAGUGAAUUUUUAGCCCAUCACUCGGGUAGCUCCAACGCGUUCACAGGACUUGAUAACACUAAUUAUUAUUUUGAAGUUGGACAUGCUCACUUGGAAGGUGCUCUAGAUCGAUUUGCACAGUUUUUCAUUUCACCCGCAUUUAGCGAGAACUGUAAGGAUCGUGAGCUUAGAGCAGUGGAUUCAGAGCAUAAGAAGAAUUUGCAGAGCGAUAGCUGGCGACUCUUUCAACUCGAAAAAAAUUUAUCAAGUCCGAAUCACCCCUACAGUCAGUUUGGAACAGGAAAUCUGGAAACCCUACAGGAUGCGCCGGGACGGGAAGGGAUCAAUGUCAGAGAUGAGCUCAUUAAAUUCCAUUCAAAGUAUUAUUCUGCCAACAUCAUGAAAUUGGUCAUUCUUGGUCGAGAGCCACUGGAUCAGCUUUCAGACUGGGCGAUCGAAAAGUUUUCGGAUAUUAAGAAUCUGAAUAUCAACCCGCCUGCCAAUUCUAAUCCUCCAUGGACUGCCAAAGAGCUUUUGAAGACUAGCUAUGUCAAGCCUGUUAAAGAUUUUCGUACACUGGAAAUUAAGUUCCCAUUCCCAGAUCAGUAUCCCCAAUAUAGAAUUCAUCCAGCGCGUUAUAUCACCCACACUAUCGGUCAUGAGGGCAGUGGAUCAAUUCUCUCUUUGCUAAAGAAAAAAGGCUGGGCUAAUAACUUGUCUGCGGGUACAUCGCAUGGUGGAAUUGGCUUUGAAUUUUUCAAGAUUUCAGUCGACUUGACCAAAGAGGGUCUGGAUCAUUAUGAAGAUGUAACCGUGGUCGUCUUCCAAUAUAUUGACAUGCUUCGCCGUGAGGGCAUUAGACCUUAUAUUUGGGAUGAGAUCGCUUCAUUGGCUGCAACUUCCUUCAGGUUCAAAGAGAAAAGCCCGGCUGCCGGAUACUCAUCUCGUUUGGCGGGCAUUAUGCAACGUGGUUAUGCUCCCGAAUGGGUCCUGUCUGGUUCCUACUUGAUCCGUGGCUCAGAUCCUAAGGCAAUUAUGGAUUGCAUUGAUGCCCUUAAGAUCGAUUCAUGGAAAAGCCAUCUUGUCACACAGGAUGUAUCCGUCGUUCCCGGUGGAGUAUUUGAUCAAGUUGAGAAAUGGUAUGGCACUGAGUAUCAUGUUGAAGACGUAUCUCCUGCUCUGUUAGAGAAAUUGCAAAAUUUAGAACCAAAUUCAGAUCUUCAUCUCCCCAUGCCUAAUGACUUUAUUCCUGAGAACUUUGAAACCAACAAAAUUCCUACCACAACACCUCUUACCACGCCAGUCUUGUUGAAGCAUACUCCAUUGACUCGCAUCUGGCACAAGAAAGACGAUGUCUUUUGGGUACCAAAGGUCAACAUGUACUUCCAGCUAAAGUCACCACUGUCGUAUUCAUCGCCCAGCAAUAAUGUUAAAACGCAUCUAUAUGUUUACCUACUCAAGGAUGCGCUGAACGAAUAUGCUUAUGACGCAGAUCUGGCAGGCCUUGCCUAUUCCCUCGACACGACUAUAGAGGGCAUGAUCUUGAGUGUGGAGGGCUACAAUGAUAAAGCCCAUGUGUUAUUACAGAAGGUGGUUGAAAAAAUGAAGAACCUUGAGGUUGAUCCUGAGCGGUUUCGAUUGAUGCAAGAUCAAAUGGAUAGGAUGUAUAAAAAUUUCAGGCUGGAGGCACCCCACCAACACGCUAUGUACUACAUGUCUUAUCUGACACAGGAGAAGCUCUGGACUCAUGAUGAAAAACUCGCAGAGUUGAAGGAGCUGACUCCAGCAGACAUUCAGGCUUUUUAUCCAGCGUUACUGAGCCGUCUGCAUAUCGAAGGUCUUAUCCACGGAAACAUGGGCGCAGCAGAGGCACUUAAGGCUGGGUCGAUUAUUGAGAAUUGUCUAGCACCAAAAACUUUGGUACCAUCCGAAUUGUUGUCCCAGAGGUCUCAUAUCCUGCCUGAUAAGUGUAAAGCAGUUUACCAGCGUGAUGUGCCUGAUCCCUUUAACGUCAACUCGGGCGUCGAAUAUUACUUGCAAAUCGAAGAUGCUACGAGCAAGGAGAGUCGUGCGCGUAUUCAGAUCAUGGCACAAAUCAUCAAUGAGCCCUGCUUUAACCAACUCAGGACCAAAGAGCAACUCGGAUACUUGGUUUUUAGUGGGGUCCGCAAACAAUCAGGCGUAACAGGCCUGCGUUUCAUUUUGCAGUCGGAGCGGGAUCCAGUACACCUGGAGAGCAGAAUCGAACACUUUUUGGAGUCAAGGAUGAAAACAUAUUUGGAAGAGAUGUCUCACGAGGAGUACGAUAAGCAGGUCAAUUCGCUGAUCCAAAAGAAACUUGAAAAGGACAAGAAUCUGCGACAGGAAACAUAUAGGUACUGGGGCCAAAUUGUGUCGGGUUACUAUGACUUUGAUGAGAUACAGGAUGAAGUGGAGGAAAUGCGCAGGACCACUCUGGAGACGAUGAGGGAGUUUUUCAGAGAGUCAAUACUGCCAUCUGCACGUAAUGCCAAGAAGCUCUCAGUUCAUUUGCGGUCUCAGAAAGUGCCUCCUGUAGUUUCGAAGAAGGAUAUCAACGAUCAUGGUGGCGAGGUUGCCAAUUCAGAGUCUGAAGAACCCGCGAAGCUGAGAGAAGGCACCUUGAUUAUUGAUGAUGUGGUGGGCUUCAAGGCUGCACUUGAGCUAAGCAGAGCGCCUUAUCCAGUUGUAGAUUUACUGCGAUAUUCUAAACUCUAG